GAGGUCCCGAGUUUAGUGUGACAUUGAAUCUCUGUGCCCGUAGUACUCCUGCUCCCGCGAUCAACGAUGAUCGACGCAUCGGUAGUGUUUGUGCUUUCAAUUGCCAUAUCGGCACUCUGCUGGACCGCAUGGCGACUCCACAAAUGGAAACACUACAAACUUUCGGCCGAUUUGGCGGGCCCGCGUGAUUUCCCGCUCAUCGGCAGUGCGCAUCUGUUCCUCGGGAAGAACACGGGCGAGCAGUUUCGGUGCAUUCUCGACAUCACCAAGGCGCAUCGGUCGCCGUGCCGCGUGUGGCUCGGACCGAAGCUGUUCGUCUUCAUCGACAAUGCGGACGAUCUGCAAACCGUGCUGAACGCCGGCCAGUGUCUCGAGAAGGCUGACGUUUAUCGGUUUUUCCAGUGCGAAACGGGCCUGUUCUCGGCACCGGCCCCCGUAUGGAAGGUGCACCGGAAGCAUCUGAGUCCGUGCUUUAAUGCGAAAAUAUUGGCCAGCUUUGUGGCGAUCUUUAACGCGAAGAGUACCAUCCUGGUGGAACAGUUGAGGGGGUACGUGGAACGGGGCGCGCUGUUUAAUGUGUACGAGUACAUUGCCAAGUGCACGCUGGAUAUGGUUUGUGCUACAACACUCGGCACUAAUAUGCAGCUUCAGAAUGAGCAAGGCGAUGAGUACAUUGCCGCCAUUGAGAGAGCAUCGGAGCUGCUGAACCACAGACUGUACAAGGUGUGGCUACAUCCCGAGUGGAUCUAUCGCCUAACGUCUGACUACAAAGUGCAGCAGCAGUGUUACGCGACCGCAUAUAAAAUGUCCCGCCGUGUGCUCGCCUUGAAAGGAGCCGAGCUGGCGAAGAUUCGAAACCGUUCCACUGUUCCGGUGGCAAAGUUGGAAGCGCCCACAACGACGGACGAAUAUCGCAAGCCACAAAUUUACAUCGAUCAACUGUUUCGACUCGCCAAAGAGACGGGCGUGUUUGACGAGCGCGCCAUCAGGGACGAGAUCGAUACGAUCAUACUGGGUGGAAACGAAACGUCCGCUCUGACUCUGUCGCACGUCGUGCUAAUGCUGGCCAUCCAUCAGGACGUUCAGCGGCGGGUGUACGAAGAGAUGGUGACAGUAGUAGGCAGCUCCUUCGGUGAGGUGGAAAACGAUCAUCUCGCCCAGCUAACCUACAUGGAGAUGGUGAUGAAGGAAACGAUGCGUCUAUUUCCCGUCGGCCCAAUCAUCGCCCGCCAGUGCACGGACGACCUGAGGAUUUCUACCACAACCAUCCCGAGCGGUGUGACGGUGGUGCUGGGGAUCUACAACGUGCAGCGCAGCGAGCAGCACUGGGGACCGGCGGCGAACGCGUUCGAUCCGGACAACUUCCUGCCCGAACGCACCGCUCACCGACAUCCGUACUGUUUUCUUCCGUUCAGUGCGGGGCCACGCAACUGCAUCGGCUACCGGUAUGGGCUGAUGUCGAUGAAGGUAAUGCUGUGCCAUCUGCUGGCAGCGUACCGGUUUUCCACGGACCUCACGAUGGAUCAGUUAGCGCUGAAGCUGGACAUUACGCUCAAGAUAGCGAACAAGCACAUGGUACGGAUCGUGCCGCGUUAAUGCAGGAGUUGUAAAUAAAUCAUUCAAGAUGGAGGUUCUUUUAUAAAAUAAAAUCAAUAAAUGGUUGAAUUUAUAAUUAUUGCAUCAAUAAAUUGCAAUUAAUAAGUUCCAACUGCAUAAAGCA